AUGUGGUGCUGGCGCGAAUGCAAGUUGGAAUUCAUGUUCCGGAUUCCGGCAAAUGUGCGCAAAGUUAUGUUACGGCGCUACUAUUGGGCCACAUGGCUAUGUGCCGGCUUGGAGUACGCGCUACUGAGCCUAUUUUUGUUGGUCGCCCUGUUGGACAGCGAAUAUCCGGGCGACUGGAUUGCGAAUGUCUUCCAGGCGACACUCUAUUCGCUGUAUACCUGGGCGGCGAUGCAAGGCGUGGUUGUGGGCGUGGCUUUUUACGGGAUACUGCUCUUUAAGGCGCACAAUCUACGCCCGAUCUUAUAUCGCACUCGAUUCGAGCGACUGGUUGGGGAAUUGCCCCGAAAAUGUUUACUACUCGCAUCGGUUAUCUACAUGGGCGUCUGCAGCGGCUUGCUUUAUGGCAGCUUCCUCGAGGAUGGGAUGUCCUUUUUGCACUAUUAUGGCAUAGUUUGCGCCUUAAUUUAUUUUAUACGCGUCCAUCGCCGUUUCCGUAACUUUGUGAAGCUGCCUGUAGUGCGGUUCGACCAGAGCCACACAUUGCAAUGGAUAUGGUGGAGAUCCUUUCAGCUGGCACUCCACGAGAACUGUGUAUCUUUUGGCAUUCUGACCAUCUGGAACUGGGACUUGUUUUGGGAGAAUCCGCGCGUGUCGCUUUAUGCUUAUGGGGUGGGUGUCCUGAUCACAGCGAAGCUGCAUAUUGUCCGACAGAUGUAUGAGAUGGUGCUGUACCUACAGCUGCCGCUGGUCCUCCAGAACUGGGAAAUCGAAACGAAGAAGGGCAUAUCCGUGCCUGCAAUGCUUUCACAAUUGUUGCACCGAUCUGUACGCGGGCUGUUUGGGGAGCUAUUUGAUUGUGGCUUGGAGGAAACACGCCAGGAGUUAGGCUUAGCCGAGGCGCUAAGCACCAAUCUUCUGUACGGAUUUCAACUGCAGGCGUCUAAGGACUUUUACGACAUGAUGUCCUGCUGCGAGAACACAAGAAGUAAAAACAUUUUUCAAUUGGAUUGCGUCAGCCGAUGUCCUUGGCUGCCAGUACGCGACCUUAUCUUCGACAUGAUUGAGGAUUUUGUCAAGAAAAUGGAAAUCUGCUGCCCCCAACCGAGUUGGCCGAAAAGGCAGAGAUCUCUGGCCGAGAUGUUGCGUGAGAGCGAGAAGCAGGCGCGCUUACAUCUAGGGAUGCGUCCCCUAGUCCCACCAAUGCCGAAACUAUGCCUAUGGAAGCGCGCCCCCGACCAGGAGCCCCAAUGCGAAAGCCUGAAUGAUGCACCGAAUUCCCGGUACAAUCUUUACGAGUAUCCGCAAUCGCUAAUGUGCUGGCUGAAGCUGAUCCUGGAAGUAGUCAUCCAGAGUUUCAUUAACUCGGUGCCCCCCCUAAGAGCCCUAUUCGUGGCCGAUAUCUGUGCGCCAGUCAAUUAUGAGCUACACUGUGCCCAGCCGUUGCGCUGGCUCUUGCAGGGACUCGUCUGCGUCUGUGAGCGUUCGUUGCAUGAGGACAAGUACGGGAUGUUGCAGAGCGAUCUGAAGAAGAUAUUCGACCUACUCCUGAAAGUUGAGCGACAGCUGAUCAAUGCUCGCGAGCUGACAAGACCAAGUUUGCAAAACAUACGUCCUGCUAAACUGGAUAGGAGCUACUAUCUGCUGUGGAUCGCUGCAGAGCGCAGUCUUAACAGAUUGCUAGAGACAUUCGAUCCUUAUUUGAAUCACAUUUUGGACAUGGGGCUGCAGCAGAAACUCCGAGAACGAUCGUUGAAUUCUCCUCUGACCUAA